UCUUCCCUUGGAUGGCCCAAGCUCCAUUCCUAGAAGACGGAGCAGUCCACAGCGGGAAAGCUCCUGUCGUUCGGGGGCCCUUGCCGCCCGCUACCGUGCCUUUCCCGUUGUCAUCUCGGUGAUCUGGUUUUUGUUUCUGCUCGGAGGUCCAUGUGGUGUAAUAGUACCUACGCUACUAUGACUCCAGUCGGGUCUGAUCAACCUGCCGAACUCGACGACGAUCAUUCCAAAAUGACUGUCCCAGAUCAACACUACUAGUGUGUCUUUUCUUUUCUUCUCUGCCUAUCACUAAAAAAAGAAUAUUAUCUUCGCCGGCGGCGAUGGGUGGCUUGCUCUCCCGCUACAACUGGCUUUUGGGGAUACCAUGAACUACCUAUCAAAAACACCUCAAGAUAUCAUCUCCGCUGCAAGUCAUCAUGAACUAGAGGUACCACCCUCCGACUUCUUCCAGAAGGUGUUGCGUAUGUACCUGUAUCAUACACUCCAUAGCGCCCCGCGAUGGCUUCAACCAUUUUCAAAACCUGUGGCACAUGGGUCAUUUGCCUGCGCAUGCGACAUUCAAACACCCAAGAACUUAACAUUGUUGACCUUCACACUUCGAGCAACCACCAAGUACCUCUUCUUGCCUGUGAUUGGACGGUCCCCCCGACUUUGGCGCUUAGCUCUGAAAAAGAAUUGGUUGGAUCUCGGACCACGGACACGCCAACGGAUCACACUGUAACGGGAGAGGGACAUUCAGCGAUCGAC